CCUUCGCACGCAGACAGACACCCACACGCACAGCCUGCGCCCUGCGCCCCACACCCUUCCCUGUCCUUCUUGGCCCCUCGGCGCUCCUCCCUCAUCCCUCCUCCCCGCCUGCCCGUUCUUUGCAAGUACACACACAUACAUACACAUACACGCACACGCAAACAUACGCGCAAUCGCGCAUACGCGGAUACAAACAUCGACUUGGCCCCCCCCUGCUGAAGCCAUCGGCCCACGCUCCCCACCAGCGGGGAUCGAUGUGCGAUGUCGGCAAAUCGACCACCCCCACCGCCGGCCGACCGCCGCGCUAGCCCACGAGCCCCGGCUGCCAAUGUCGGCUCGGCUACCCAGCCGCCGGCCUCCCGGCCCGGAGCCCGGCCAGCCGCUGCCCCGGCCAAUGUCGCCAUUGCUGCUGGCAGCCCAGCUGAUGCUGCGGCCGGCCCAGCCAACAACACUCCAGCCGAUCCCGAGGCCGGCAGCCUCCCCCUGCAGCUGCUGAACACCGUCGGGCUCCUGUCCUUGGCCAACCUGCCGGACAAUUCCCCGGGGACCCUUUUUUGCGGGGACUUCGCCGCCAACACCCGGGCCGUCAUCCAAAUCCUUAGCAUCUACAGCUUCACCCUCGGCGGGCCGAUCGCCCUGUGGCUCUUCAUCCUGCGGAUUAUUUUCACAACGAUUAUCAGCUUCUCCCAUUCGACCGUCCUGCUGCAAGCGCGGGACGGCGUGCCCCCAAUCUACUCCCUCCUGCUGGGGAUCAUCUUCCUGCUGUAUGCCUCCUCGCGAGCGACCCUGCUCCUGGUCUCGCAAGCGGCUCGGAGCCCGUGGGAUGUCAGUGGCACGCGCAUCUGGUUUCUUUCCUUCCUGGCGCCCCCCCAAUACAACCCCAGCGCAUCGCUCCUGCUGGCGGUGGACUUCUGCUUUUUCUUUCUCUCAUGGCUGGAGCUGCGCCUGCCCUUCCAAGCCAUCCGCAAGGAGUACCCCCAGGCGGGGUUCCCGUUUGGCCCGGACGCUGGUCGCCCUGGCGCAUCCUCUCAGCCGGAUGGCCGUGGCUCGCCUGCCGCCCAGGCCCCCAGUGCAUCGGCCUCCACCCCAUCGGAGCCGGUCGGCCAUGUCUCCAUCCAAAUUGAGGCCAGCCCUUCCGGGGACGCGCCCUCCAAUGAGGAUGAUCCCAACAACGGGGCCAUGUUCGACCCAGAUGGGGCAAUCGCCUUCGUCCAGUAUUAAUCCACACACAUGCGACCCAGGGCGGCCGAGAGGGAAAGAAAGAACAGAGGCGCAUGCGCGGGCUCGGGCCGGCCCUCGGCGGUACCCAGCCCCCAGUACAAUGCCCACCCUCUCUCUCUCUCUCCCCCCC